AUGCAAACCAUUCAGUCACUACUUAUCGUCGCCAUCCUCACCUGCGUCCCAAUAGCAUAUGCCGAAUGUUACAAGGACGGAAUGUCAGGCGAGUAUGAUGUAGACAAAAACACACCCGUCGACCUGAGAGUCGUAUGCGCUCAGUUAUCGGGUAAUUACGUAAAGAACGAGUUCCGAAGAGUCUGCAUCAUGGACUCAAAAGGCAGAAAGUGGGAUUUUCAGAUCAGU